CGUCAUGAAUCUCGGAGGCGUUACAACCGACGAAAAUGAUUACGUCAAAAGUGUUAACGCCGUCCGAAUGUUCUAUGUAGUUGACAGAACUGAUGAAGAAAAGGCCCCAUUCAUUAAUAGCUGGACAGCAGAAGUAUAUCGACGAAUACGAAAUUAUAAGUUUCAGAAUAUCAAAGCAUUACAAAGUUCACUUUGGUCCAUAGAAGAAGAUACUAAACUAUUUCUGUACAAUUUAAAAUAUAUGAUAGGAGCCUUAGUAUCGUUUAUUUGUAUUUUUUCUACGACGACACUCAUGAGCCAGAAUAUGAUAAGAAGCAAACCUUGGAUGGGAGUAGCCAGUGUUUUGUCUGCGGGAAUGGCAAUCGUAACUUCCUUCGGAUUACUGGGAUAUUGCGGAGUAGAAAACAGUUACUGUAAUAUUUGUAUACCGUUCUUAGUGCUAGUUACGGAAGUGGACGACAGUUUCGUGCUGAUUGCGAAUUGGAGAAUUACCGAUCCCGAAAAACCUGUAGAAAAGCGAAUGGCAGACACAUUUGCCGCAGCCGGGGUUUCAAUCACCUUAACGUCAGUCACUAAUUUGUUUUCGUAUUGCAUCGGAAUGUUUACAUCAAUUGUUGUUGUGAAGAUCUUUUGCAUUUACUCUGCAACCUGCAUAUUCUUCACUUAUGUUUUUCAAAUAACCUUCUUUGUUGGAUGUAUGGCGUUAAGCGGGUACAGAGAAGAAAAAGGCCUUCAUCCAUUUACAUUCAAGUCGUAUGCACAGAAAAGAGAAGAUUGCCAAAUCAUUCCAGAAAACAAACACAUGUUCAUGAGAAUAUUCAAGGAUAAAUUCGGAGACUUCAUUUACCGUACACCAACGAAAGUAAUUGUAUUGAUUCUGUAUUUAAUCAACUUAGGAUUUGGAAGUUACGGAGUGUAUUUUCUAGAGCAAGGAUUGGAUUUUCAAAACAUGUAUCCCUCCGGUUCAGAAACAUACGAAAGUGCUUGGGUAUAUUACAAAUACUUCAAUAAAUAUUCAUUUCCUAUUCACAUUAUUAUUAAUAAGACAAUGGAUUAUUCGGACGAAAGGGUUCAGGAAUCGGUGGAAGAUCUCCUCAGAAGAUUCGAGUCUCAUCCCCACGUCGCCGAUUCACGUUUAACUGUUUCUUGGCUGAAAUAUUACAAAAAGUUCCAAAAAAAUCCAAUUGCUAAAUAUUCCUUAGGAGGCUACAACAUGUCGAACAAAAACGAUUUCGUUGAAGGACUUCGAGAAGUUUUCCUACGAUUUAAAGCAGCCGAGCAAUUUUCAAACGAUUUGGUAUUCAGUUCGGAUGGCUCGGAAAUUACUUGCAGCCGAUUCUUUGUUGUGGCGAAAGGAAUAUCUAACAGAAAAACUGAGAUUGCGACUAUGAAUGAAUUUUUGAAAAUUGCGGAUGAAGCACCUUUCCCUGUUCUCAUUCAUAGUAUAUUGGCAAAUAUGAUAGAACAGGGAAUAAUCAUCGAUGGCAUCGCUAAACAACUGUUUUGGAUCACUGGAUUAUUGAUCGCGAUUGUAUUUUUCAGUGUAAUACCUAAUAUAUUGUGUUCACUCGUUGUGGCAGUUUGUGUUGUGUCUACCACGAUAGAAACAUUGGGUUACAUGAGCGUGUGGGGAGUUAACUUAGAUAUAAUAUCUUUGAUUAGUUUGAUUCUGUGCGUCGGAUUUUGCGUUAAUUAUCCGGCUCAUAUCGCGUAUGCAUUUGUGACGUCAACAUGCGAUACAUCGAGAGAGAAGAUGAAUGAUUCGUUGUAUCAUGUUGGCUUUCCCAUAAUUCAAGGAACUUUAUCUACUAUUCUAGGAAUACUUUUCUUAUAUAAAGAAUCAUACGCAUUACUUACAUUUCUGAAAGUUGUUUGUUUAAUUACAACGGAAACCGCAUUUCACGCCUUAUUUUUUACCCCAGUCGUUCUUUCUUUGUUAUUUACCUGCCCGUGUUUGCGAGAAAAGAAAAAUACCAGAGACGUAACAGUGAAAUUAAUUGAAUUAAAUGUGAAUCAGCAAUAAUACUUAAUUAAUUAAUGGACUUCUACAAAUAUUAUCGCAUAUGUUAUACAGUAAUUUUAACGUUUGUAAUAUUCGGAUACAACUAAUAUCGUUAUUCCUUUAAUUGGUAGUGUUUUUAUAUUGUUCUGUUACUUAAGAAAAAACAAUUUACUGUGAUGUCAUGCAUUAUAUAUACAUUGAUCUAUAUUUCAUAACUGUGGAAGCUCUUGUGACAUAUUUUCUAUAAGUAUACUGCAUUGAAAAUGUUUCUGAGCUGCUUCUUGUCUUAUUGUUGAAAUUAUUUGUAUUACGGU